AGUUCAGACGCAGAUGAGCAUGAGGAGGUUUUUCCGGGCUCACAGGGACGAAGACUACGGUCAGAUCCAGUAUCUGACGGCCAAGUGCACCCGCCUGGCUCAUGAUAAAGUGGCGCUCGACAGGGAGCUGCUGUUAGCCAGAGACCGGGAGAGGAGGCUGCAGAACGAUCUGGAAGCUGCGACCGCGCGGCUCCACCACCAGGAGCAGCUGAACAUGGAGCUCAGGAUGAAGCAGGACCAGCUCGUCGGCAGGAUCCACCAGCAAGAGGACCUGGUGGACUUGCUGCAGCAGCGUGUGGUCCUCCUGGUGGAGGAGAGCUCCAGGGACGGUGAGCUGCUGCAGCAGGUCGGCUCGGAGCUGCUGUGUCUGCAGAGCUCCGAGGUGAAGCUGGAGGGCCUGGUGGAGGAGCUGCACGCCGAGGCCCACCGCAGAGCUGUGGUGGCGGAGAGCCUCCAGGCAGAGCUGCACGCUGAGGCCCAGCACAGGCUCGUGCUGACGGAGAGCCUGCAUGCAGAGCUCCACAGUAAGACGAUGGAGCUGGAGGAGCUACAAGACACCAACAAUAUGCUGACAGAGAAGCUGAAUGAGUUACAUGCUGCUCAUCAGAAGGAGGUGAGGAAGCUGCAGCAGGAGAACGAGGGCAGUCUGGGGAAGCUGCAGGAGACGGCGGAGCAGUUUGAGUGGCUCUGUCAGCAGCAGCGCUACUGGAUGUGUUGUGUCAAGAGAUUCAAAGACUCCCUGAUGGAGGACAGAGAAGCUCUGCUGCGGCAGGUCAGCCUGUUGGAGAAGAAGGCGGAGAAGCUGAAGAAGAGCUUACAUGACAGUCCCACACAGAGCGUCCUCUGUCCCCUGCAGGACACUAAAUGCUGUGACAGCAGUUUAACAUCGUGGGACGCAGAUGCAGAGGCUGACCUUAAGUCUGAGGUGGAGGAGUCCAACACGCUGUAUGAGGAGCUCUUAAACCAGGCAGGGAGCCCGAUCAACGGAUACCAAAAACCUCCUUGAGGACAGGAGCCUGGAGCCUGCACUCGUCUUCCUUUUCUCUUCCCACCUUCUGCAAACCAGAAGAUAACUACUAGAUGUUUGUGUGUGUGGUUAGCUUUGUGGAAAACGUCCCAGUCAUUGUCAAAAAAAACUUGGAAAAACAUACCUGUGAAACCGUACAUUCACUCUUUUUCUUCUACUAUUGUUCACUUGUCUUGAAAAGAAUCUGCUCUCCAGAUUUAUGACUGAAUUAAACACUGCACAGUUUGCUCCUGCCCUCGUCUCGCUGUGACACAUGCACAUCGCAUGUGCUCCGAAAGUCACAUUUCCUCUAAUUGUCCAUUACCUAGACCUUCUAAUCGACCGCACUAACAAGAGCGAAAGCACCUGAGAACGAUUUCUUCUGUUGUCCUGCCAAUGAAUCCUCACUGCGGCAGCUGGUGUGCAGAGGAAACUACAAAUAAACAUGCUGUUUGUGACCAGAGUGAAGCCCUGCUGAUCGCUCCCCCAUUGACAAUCUGGUACAUCUCACAUCUCCCGACUUGCCACUUGGCUUUCACUUGUCGGCAAGAAUCUGAACAGUAUGUGAGGAGCUA